CUGUGCAAUGCCCUAAAGCUUCUUUCCGCUACGAAUAGCCCUUCCAAGUCAGAUGAAGAAUGGGUACCUGCAGAGAUGGUCUCAUAUCUCUCAUGCACGACGCUGGACAUAAUUGGCAUGGCGGGCUUCAACUACUCUUUUGGGUCCCUCAAGACUCUUGUCAACAACACGACGAAAAAGACGUCUGCUACUGCCGUAAAGGGAGAAACUUCUCAGAAUAAAGAUCCGCUCGCGUCUGCACUUUCCCGUACCCUGGAUGCAACGACCACCGGCUUCCCAAUACUCCAACUUCUCAAGACGCACCUACCAAUAUUCCGCUUGAUCACAUUCGAUCGCCGAACUCGUACCAACAACAAGUCCCGAGCCAUCAUUCACGAGAUUGGAAAACAGAUUGUAAGCGAACGGAAACGGGCGAUAGCUGAGGAGAAGAAUGGCGGCAUGGAUCAAACUGGUGGCUCAAAAGACCUCUUGACAUUGUUAAUCAAGGCCAACUUGGCCGACAAUGGUACCGAUCAAAGAUUGACCGAUGAAGAGGUUAUGAACCAAAUCCCAACGUUCUUCCUCGCAGGUCACGAGACAACUUCGACUUCGACAGCAUGGGCACUCUUCUCCCUUGCUUGCGAUCCUGCCAUCCAAUCCAAGCUUCGUGCGGAACUACUCGAAGUUCCUACUGAUUACCCAAAGAUGGAACAACUCAACUCGCUUUCGUAUCUUGACAUGGUCAUUCGGGAGACACUGAGAUAUCACUCGGUAGUGAAUGAGGCUGUUCGUGUCGCGGUGCAAGACGACGUAAUUCCAUUCGAAAAGCCAUUUGAGGAUAGCGUUGCCAAAGGAGAUGGUAUCUUCAUUCCAAUUCGAGUACUUAAUACGUUGCCUGAGAUCUGGGGACCUGAUGCCGAAGAAUUCAAUCCCGAUCGAUGGAUCAAUCCACCCAAGGAAGCGAGCUCGAUACCGAAUGCAUGGGAUGUCGACCUUAUUCCACAAGCUGAUUGCGUCUCGAUGAACAGAAUGAAGGCUCUUCUUUUCGCUCUGAUUCGCAAUUUCGAAUUCAAAUUGAAUGUGCCAUUAGAGGAGUUAAUUCAAAAGACAUCCCGUCAAGUCUCAGCCAAAAGCAGGAAGCCAACUGCCAAUGCUCAUCAGGCGAAUCAAGUAGAAAUCCUGGUCGAGCGGGCAUCAUGGUGUAUGGGCCUGAUGACAUGUCAUGUUCAAAGACCACGUAUGCCUAUCAGGGCCGGGUUUGUAAGCUAG